GGCCCAUUUGUUGGAGGGGUUUGCAUUUUGUCCCUGGAGAGAGGGGUUUGCAUUUGGUCUUUGGAGAGGCAACUCACAUUCUCUCAAUUCUUCAUUUCCUAUUCUUUAUAUUUUUCUUUUUUAAGUGUUUUCCCCAUUAGAAUACAUAAGGUUUUCUAAUUUAGGCCAGUCCUCUCAUAUUUUGAUAUUUUGUAACAUUUUAAAAUAUAAAUAAAUUAAGUAUGUGACAUGAAAUUUAUUUUCCUAAGUAGAGUUACAAAUUAUCAUCCAUUUUUGGAAAAAAAAAAAAGCAUACGUCAACAAGAUUUUCCAUGGGUCCUAACACCCUCCGCAGCCCUCCCAAUGUCACUAAACGCCCACUUCCCCUCCCUCCCUAGAUUCGCCGGACCAGUGUGCCCCUUCCACAGACUCUCCUCCUUUCGCCUCCGGCUCGACCCUCACGCUUGCACACAAGCUCCAACUAUGGAGGCCAUCAUCCCAACAGAACCACCGGCUGCCGAUACCCAAUCCAGUGGCGACCGCGCUUCCCCUCCUCCUCCCCAAACGAUGUCGAAGAACGCUCAAAAGAAGCUGUUGAAGCAGCAGAGGUUCGAAGCGAGGAAGGCGGAGAAGAAGGCGGCGAUGAAGGAGCGCAAGAGGGAGGAGGGGAAACGGAAGCGCCGGGAGUGGGCGGAGAUGCUGGCGAGCAUGUCGGAGGCGGAGAGGGAAAAGAAGAUCGAGGCUCGGAGAGGGCUCAGGAAGGAGAGGAUGGAGAAGCGGGCUGAGGAGAGGGAGGGGAAGAUCCAGAGGCUCACCGAAGCUAAAGAACACGGCCAGAACGUCGUCGUCGACCUUGAGUUCGCGCAUCUUAUGACGCCUAGUGAGAUUCACAGCCUCGUUCAGCAGAUAAUGUUUUGUUAUGCAGUAAAUGGAAGAUGUACUUCCCCUGUCCAUCUUUGGCUAACUGGAUGCCAGGGAGAAAUAGAGAGCCAGUUGAAAAUGGUCUCAGGAUUUGAUAAGUGGAUAAUUGAGAAAGAAAAUAGGUCAUAUAUUGAAGCCUUGCAGGAUCAGAAGGAGCAUCUAGUAUAUCUCACAGCGGAUGCAGAAACAAUUUUGGAAGAACUUGAUUCAAAGAAAAUAUAUAUUGUCGGUGGAUUAGUGGAUCGAAACCGGUGGAAAGGGAUAACCAUGAAGAAAGCAAAAGACCAAGGAAUCCAAACAGCCAAACUACCAAUAGGGAAUUACUUAAAGAUGUCCAGCUCACAGGUUCUUACUGUGAACCAAGUGAUAGAGAUACUCCUUCAGUUCUUGAAAACAGGGGAUUGGAAGACUGCAUUCUUUCGGGUUAUUCCUCAGAGGAAGAGAUGUGAGGCUCAUUCAGACGAAUGCCAAGAAGUGGGAGGGCUUGGAAACAAAGAGAGAGAUGAUCAAGUUGAGAGGAAAAAGAAAUGUAUUGAAUUCUCUUCCCUGGGUGAGGAAACUCAUUGACUUAAAGCUUCUCUUUUUUCUUUGGGAGUAUUUCACUUCUGCACUAUGUUUUGCUUUGCCAAGGAUGGGAACUUUAUUAUGGAUGAAUUAAAUGCAAUAUGAGCAUGUGGGUGUUAAAUC